AUAAUUGGUCCCCAUAGGGGGCGUUGUUUGGUACGCGUUCGGUGUUUUCUAAUUUUUCAUUUAGUUCGUUCUAAAAUAAUAUUCAAUUUUCAUCAUUAAACAAGACUUGCCGAGUCUUAAUUUUAUUAUUAGUUUGAUUGAAUAAUCUCUAACACCUAACUUUCAUAUAACUAUAUUCUCUAUAUACUCUGAAAAAUAUAAAAUAUGGAUGACGACUUGCACAAAGACCUUUUUGGCGCUGACCACCUGUCAGACAGCAACUCUGACCUAGAUAUUCUCCUAGAUGAAGGCGAAAUACUAGAGCGCAACCUUGUCUUAAAUCUCCCCAUACCACCAUCAUUACAGUUACUGGGACAUCAGCCUGAAUGUAUUACAGACAUUCCAGGACUAUUGAUUUCGCGCAACUUGAUUUCUCCCGACCUCUGCGCGCUUUAUUUCAACUGGCUCGAAUCUAGGUACUUUUCCUCCUCCCUCGGGUCUUCCAUUAAUGGUAUAAACCAAGGUUUGCAUUUCGGCACUCUACUCAACCCUGCCACACCACUAGGGUACCUCGCAUAUAUAGCGCGGCAGCUUCUUCCAGGUCACGAAUUCAACCAAGCGAUCAUAAACAUGUACGAUCCAGGGCAGGGUAUUGGGGACCAUGUGGAUUUACUGCGGUUUGGGGAUGGUAUAUGUGGGUUUAGCUUUGGAUGUGCAGCACAAAUGCGUAUGAUCAAGGUUGAUGGGGAUGUAAGGAAGAGAGCGGAGAGGUAUGCGGAGGAGAAGGAGGGUAGUAGUGGAUAUUUGGUAGAUGUAAGGGUGGGAGACGUUUAUGUGUUGAGCAGAGAGGCGAGAUUUCAAUGGACCCAUGGGUUUCCUAGGCGCAUUGGAGAGGUGGAUAAUGUGCUGGGGAGGAGGAUAUCGGUGACGCUGCGGUGGCUUUUAAUCGAUUCGUAGAUUUUCGCAAAAUCUGCCUCUUUCCCACUGGGUGAGAUUGGCUUUUUUUGGAAAGAGGGAAGGAUAAAAGUUCAGAGAUCAAACGCGCGGUUUUUUUCUUUUCU